CUGCUGGGGACGUGGCUGUACGUGGCCGGGGCCGCCCAGUUCCCCCAGCACCUCCUGGAGAUGCUGCUCAUCGACCACGGCUACCUCCACGUGGAGCCCCGCGCCGGCGAGCAGGAGCUGCCCAUCACCCAGCGCGUGGCCGUGGGGGACCAAUGUCUCACCAACAACUACACCUACUUCGAAAUCGCCGCCGGUAACACCACGCUGGUGAAGCACGCCAAGACCCAGCAAACCAUGGGGACGCUGAUGAACCUCAGCUCUGAAGAUGUUCUACUCAUCCAGUACCAACUGCAGAGGGAAAGGACGUAUGCAGGGCUGUAUCUCUAUGCCCGAAACCUGAGCGCGAGCACAGCCCACCGGGAAGGGUUCGAGCACCAGGCCAAGUGCCUGGGGCUGAGCGAAGAGGAGAUCGUGUACGCGCCGUGGAAAACGGAGCUGUGUCAAACGAAAGUUAUCGAAAAAGGAAACAGCCCACGCAGGGAGCCCACGGCUGCAGUCACAGCAUCACCUCCUCCGGGUACCCACCAGCCUGGGAGCGCGGGGAACUGA